AUGACGAUUAUCUGGACCUUUGGCACCCUGUUGAAGGAUUCGACGAGCUUGAACACCGCUGGAAGUUGUUCUCGUCGGCUGCUCUUCGCUAUGCUGUGCUCUGGGGCGACUACAUCCGACAGCCAUAUCUUUGAAAUCAUGAACGCUCAGGCCAAGGCUUAUUUCCCUGAAGCCCUCUACCUAUACAGCCACUUUGUUCCACAACUCCCCAUCGACGACAACCAAGACAUAAAUGCUAGCUCGGAAGAGAGCGGAUAUGACGCCAAGUCUGUCAACCAGGAGAGCCCUGGCGUCUGCUCUUUGGAUAAUGGACUCGGGCGAUGA